AUGGGUGAAAGGGUUUGCCCUAUAAAAGGCGACUUAGCUUUUAAUCUUUUAACCCAUCACCUCACCAAGAUGACCCUUCAAGGCUUUCUCCUGCUUUCCCUAUGCUUGAUUUUCCUCACCACUCCCAAUAUUGCUGGCUACAACAGUGAUGGAGAACAACCUAUAUUGGGCAAGUCCAAGCCAAAACCACCAAAGAGCCCUCCCAAAACGUCAUUACCAUUACCACUACCACCAUCACCACCAUCACCUCCACCACCACCACCACCAACAAAAAGCCUUACGCCAUCCUGGUCCCCAACAGCGUUACACCCGCCUUGUGUUUCUGAUAUGACGCGUUCGCAGUUAGAGAAUGUGGAAGUGCUAGAUGAAGAGGAGAAGCUACAAGGUCCACUUCAAGAAUUCUUCUCUCGUUGGUUUAGGCGACAUCGUUCCCCACCACCGCCUCAGCGGCGUAAGCCACGGCAUCGAUCUCCACCUCCUCGCCGUCCUUCUACUCCCCGUCGACGUCGUACCCCCACCCCCUCCCCCAUCAGUAUGCUUAAGACAACAAAUUAA